CAAUAAACCAAGAAGAAGAAGAGACGUCAUUUUCUAAAUUUGACCGGAAGCACAGUCUUAGCAGAGACGGUUAGAAUCUUUGGUCUUAGCCUGCCAACUGUCGAAUCUCACGGACGUCUUCUUCAUCUUUGGUCUUGCAAUGAUAUAACGAUGAACCGGAUUCGUAUCCACGUGCUACCUUCCAGCAGGGGAAGGAUGGUGCAGCCAGUGCGCCCUAUCGAGCCCCAGACUUGCUCAUACAGUCACCGACCUUGCUCCCAACCAUGCCUUGAUGGCCUUGAGUUUUGCAUCAAACAUGUUCUUGAGGACAAGAGUGCCCCUUACAAGCAAUGCAGCUAUGUCUCGAACAAGAAUGGAAAGCGUUGCCCUAAUGCUGCCCCCAAGCCAGAAAAGAAAGAGGGAGUGGCUUUUUGCGCAGAGCACACCCACAGAAAUGCACUAGCCCUUCAGGCACACCUGAGGAAGGCUUCCUCUGGUCCGUCCCCAGAGCUGCUUCUUUCCCAGCUGAGUACUUAUGGCCGGAGCAACGCUGAAGUGUAUAGUGUGGAAUGCACAGAUGAGGACAGCUGGAGUGAUGAGGAACAGGAUCCUGUAGUUCUUGAUCAAACAUGGAGGGGUGACCCAGAUAGUGAAGCAGACAGCAUUGACAGUGACCAUGAUGACCCUCUCAAACAUGCAGGUGUUUAUACAGCUGAGGAAGUGGCCCUAAUCACACGGGAGAAACUUAUCCGGUUGCAGUCCCUCUACAUUGACCAGUUCAAACGUUUACAGCAUCUACUAAAAGAAAAGAAGAGACGGUACUUGCAUAGCCGUAAACUGGAGCAUGACGCCAUUAGUAGCAGUUUGUUAACUGGGCCUGAGGGCCUGUCUCUGAAGGAGCGUGAAAACUUGCGCAAACUGAAGGCUCUACGAAGAUACCGGUACCGUUAUGGUGUUGAAGCACUGCUCCAUCGCCAGCUCAGGGAAAGACGGCAAGCGGUCACUGAUGGAUUAUCACAGGCUCACUGUCUUCGCCUCAGUCAAAGGUGUAUCUCCUUUGUAGAGGGCACACGCUGCUCCAAUCAGUGUCUCCCCAUGACCAGACAUUGUGUGUCUCAUAUUUAUCAAGACAGCAGCCAGGUUCUAUUUAGGAUGUGCCCAGGUCUGAAGGAUAUGCCAUGUGAUCGCCCAGUUCACAUGGGUCAAUCUGAGGAACCUCAUUGUCCACUGCAUUCAUCCCUUCCACCACCCAUGUACCGUCCUGAAGAGGCACCACUGACACAGUCACCAUUGCUUCCCACACCUUCCGAGCUGUAUCUGAGUACUGCUGAGCUACAGCCAACAGAAAAUUUGCCCCUCGAGUUCAGUGAUGAUUUGGAUGUGGUUGGAGAUGGCCUGCAGUGUCCUCCCUCCCCACUGCUCUUUGACACCGCACUGGCUCUAGAGGACCAAACCAUACGCGCCAUCGCAGAAGCCCCAAUGGAUAUCCUUACAGAGGUGGAGUCAUCUGAAUUGGAUGCCCGUAUCCCUGGAGCAGAUAUCUUGGAGAGGGAACAGGUCUCUGCUGAUGAGAUUUUCUCUGGAAGGAAGUUGACCAAAGAACCAGCAAGGACAGCCCAGCAGAACUCAACACAGACCAGGACAGGACAAUGGACACAGGACAAGGGUGUAGCCAGUAGAAUAUGAUUGAUUAAAAGACAUAGUUCUCACAUGCUGUAAUGUAUCUACUGCUUGCUGUCUCAUUUGCUACAACCUUCAAACCUCUCCAAUUCACUAUCUGGACACGUUGUUCUUGUGAGACCACUGGAUUUUGAUUGUGUCACUGAACAUGAAACACUCCCUGCUUGCAUUGCCCUUCAAAAGCCUUAACACGCUUUUUAGCAUUAAUAGUGAUUUCAUGUAAUUUGGACAGAACAAUUUGAGUUUGUAUUUCUCUGAAGACGGGAGAAAUGUGGUUAUUUUCAUGUAUCCACCAAUACAAGUUAUUUAAUCUGUCAUUGGAGGAAGAAUAUUUCCAGGUAUCUUGUCCAAGUACUUGUUCUAAGCAUAUCAAACCCUCUGUUUCUAAGUGUGUGCAUGUCCAGGCAUCCUAGUACAGUUACCACAUCUGUGAGCCAAAGCCAUAAGGUAUGAUUUUGAAUUUAUGGAAAAUUAUAAAUAGUGGACCUAAAUAGUCACAUUUUAGAUUGUAGCGUAAUUUCACAGUAUAAUGUCUUCAUUUUUUUUCUUUUUUUUUUCCAGAAAUUAAAACAUACAUUAUGCGCUGGCCCACAACGAGGAGAUUUUAAGAGACUUACAAGUAUUUGGUUGGUUGUGGCAUUUAACAUUAGCUGUUGCCUGGGCAGGGUUAAGGAAUUAGAAGGCUUGGGAUCAAUGCCUGUUUCCUGCAUUGAU